GGAAUUUUGAUGAAGGGAUUAUAGCUUUAGGCAAGAAUCAUUGAGGAAAAUUAGAAAAUGGGGAAUUCAUUAACUGUAUCAGAACCAUAUAUUGUGGAUGACCUCAAUUCAGAUGAUGAUGAUGAUUAUUAUUCAGCAUAUGAAACCGGAUAUAGUGAUACUGAACCUGCUGAAAAUAAAGAAAACCUGAAAGCACCAGCAGCAGUAGGACGUCAGAUUUCAGUUGAUGCUGCUGUUGUCAGUAAAUUAGUAUCAGAAGUUGAAGUGUUGAUGUCACAUUUAAAUGAACAGAAUUAUGAUGCUGCUUACAAUGCUGCUUUGAAUCUUCAACAAGGAGGUGUGGGAACUUUUGAUGAAAAUGGACUAAGACGGAAUAAAUCAUCAAUACCAAUAAGCAAAAGUCCAAAGAAGCAUGAUAAACAAGCAUAUGCAGACAAUAUGAAAAAUGAAAGUUUGCAGGCCAGACGUUCAAAUUCUGAAGGUGAAAACUCAGAUGAAUUGAUCAGUGAUGAACUGUUGAAAUCAUCAGACAAUUUGUGUGAAGGCAUAAUACCAGAAAUCACGAUGACUUCUGCUCCAGGGCAAAGAACUACAUCACACUCCAGCAAUCAUUCAGGGAGUGAUAACUCUGAAGUCUUUAUGAGAGGGAAGGGAGGUAAAUCUAGUAUUCCUAAUGGUGACGGUUUAGGUAAUCUUUCCAAUGAUCUUGAUUCUGGUGAAGGUGACAAUACUCUAGCUUGGGAAAUUGAUGUUGGUGAUUUUCAAAGUAAUAAUGAUACGAAAUCAAAAUCUGCAGGUUUAAAUAAAGUAAGAAGAUGGAUAGAUAGUGAUAUUAAAUAUGAUGACAAUCUAUCACCAGCUAUAACAGCUACCUCUGAUCAAAUAGCUCAAAGAAAAAUCUUGGAUCAGAAAAGAUGGAACUGUAUUUCCCGUCCUCAAAUUCCUAAAGCAUGUGGUAUAUCAUCUUUAGUAUCAUGUUGGAAUUAUCUCUUUUCGACACUAGGUAAUGUAUCAUGUUGGAAUUACCUCUUUUCUACACUAGGUAAUGUAUCAUGUUGGAAAUAUCUCUUUUCUACACUAGGUAAUGAUAGUCUUGCACCUUUAAGUCAAGAGGAAGCUUUGAGAAUUCUAGGAUUUAAACAACCAUAUUCAGAAAUUAAAUUUGGUCCAUUUACUGGAAACGCUACUUUAUUAAGAUGGUUUCGUGAAUUGAACCACCAUUUUAAAGUGAAAGGGAGAUGUUUUUUCACCUACAAACCAGUUGGUAAAAAUGCUACAGCUGGUGUUACAUCAAGAGAUGCUCUGUACAUGUUAAAGAAAGGUUUACAUGAUCCCAAUUCAGCCUUCAUUUAUCACUGUUUCAACCAUUUUUUUUGUCCUAUUGGUUAUGAAGAUACACCUAUGGUUUCUGAAGAUGCUUACAAAGGUUUGUUACCACAAGAUAAAGUUCAGACAUGGAUAUUAAUAGGAGAGUCUAAUGCAUAUCAACCAAGUAUCCAUUCUAAAAAAUGGUCAGACAUUUCCACAGAUUUGAAUAAUGAAAAUCCAACCUAUCUUGAUAUAAGACGUCUUUGGAAAGGGCAGCAGACGCGACAGACAAUAGGAGGAAAUCUUCAUUGUAUCAUGGCCUUCCAAAAAGUAAACCUACAACCUCGCCGUUCUCAAUUACCAGUCAGGAAGUCUGGUAGCACUGGAGACAGGAGUCCAAUGAGAUCUACUGGACACAGGGAACCAGUUGUGUUUUCCGGUCAGCAAGAAGAUGAACAAGUAUUUGAGGAUGAGAGAAAUGACAGUGGAGAUGAAAUAUAUAUACCAGAAGAUGAAUGA